AAAUUAUCUUUCUCAAAGUAGUACAUGCAACAAUGUUUUGAAAAUCAGACUGGAUCGAUUCCGGCAUGACUAUUGACCCUUGAAUCCUUCCAUUUUGAGUUUUAACCCGUUUGAUCAUUGACCUUUCUCGCUUUGUUGGAUUUGGUAUCUGGUUCAAUUUUUAUUUGAGCAUCAGUAUGUAAGCCCUUUUUUUUUUAUUUUGUUUGUUUUAUUUUGUUUAGUUUUUAAUAAUGUGAAGAGAGAGCAUGGAUGAAUGAUGGGGAGAAAGUACAGCCACUCAUGCUUCCAAAUGAGCAGCCAAACCAAUAGAUUAUGACAAGGUUUGUCCAUUCUUGCAGUUUGGCAUGCUAAAUUAGCUUAUGUAGGCACGUGAUUAGGAGACAGUAUUGGGGUGCUCUUUGUCACCGAUAACCAGGCAAAUUUAGGUGAACCAUAAAUGAGGUUUGUAACUCUUAUUCGUUUGCCUUUAGUUUUGUUUUGGUCCUUUUCUCACUGCCCUUUCUCUAAGAUAAAAGAGAUUCUUUCCUUCUAAAAGAGAGCUCCAUGGCUCAAGGGUGGGGAAGAUGAUGCACAUGGUGUGUUGGUGGCUUUCUUUCUUAUGUGUGUGAGAGAGAUAGAGAUAGAGAUAAUAGAGUGACAAGAGUAUUUGGAAGCAGCUGACACAACAGAGAGAUGAGCAAUAGCCCAGCUGCACCUUGCUCUAGAUCCUGGUCCAUCAGCGAGGAUUCCCUGAGAAGGUAUGUGUUCUUUGCAAGUGAGAACUGCAUUCAGGAGCUGUUGUCUGCUUCAGACUCCAACAGGGUUGGAUAUGGCAACGAUGGCUGGAAGAUUGUCACUCUUGACAAUGGAGUUGAGAUCUCCAAGCGCAGGUCUGGCUCUCUUCACACUUUCCGCAGCCGCUGGCUCCUCAGAUCAGUCUCUCCCCAACAGUUCAUCACUGUGGCCAAUGCAAUCGAUGCUGCAAAGCAAUGGGACUCUGAUUUGGUGGAAGCAAGGUACAUCAAAGAUCUUGAAGAUAACCUCAGUAUCAUCCGGCUGAGGUUCGGGGAGAACUCGAAGCCUCUAUUCAGGAACAGAGAGUUCAUAGUUUAUGAGCGACGCGAAUGCAUGGAUGAUGGCACUCUGGUGGUAGCAGUUGCUUCACUGCCCAAAGAAAUAGCAGCUGGACUCCACCCAAAGCAAAACAAUGCCAUUAGAGGACUCCUGCUUCAGUCAGGCUGGGUAGUUGAGAAGCUUGAUGAUGACUCCUGCAUGGUCACCUAUGUUGUUCAGUUGGAUCCUGCAGGGUGGCUGCCAAAGUGCUUUGUCAAUCGUCUCAACACUAAACUGGUCAUGAUCAUUGAGAACCUCAGGAAAUUAGUGCAAGCUUGUCCAACUAGCAAUGGGGACCCAUGAUUAUGAUUGUUUAUUUGCGGCGAUUACUAUGAUCGCUAUUAUUAUUAAAAAUAUUAUAAUUAAAUGUCACAUCACUUCUCAUAUGUAA